AUGACCACGCCCUCGCAGGCCCAGCUGCUGCUGCGCAUCCUCCUGCUAGUCCUCCCCUCAGCCGCAGGGGCUCUCUUGAUCCAGGCCGCCGCCGCCAUUGCCGACCAACAUGAGCCGCCGCCACCGCCGAUCACACUUCCGGGCUGUCCGGACAAGUGCGGCGACAUCAGCAUUCCCUUCCCGUUCGGCAUGAAGCCCGGCUGCUUCCGAGAGGGCUUCCAGGUCACCUGCAACCACUCCUUCCAGCCCCCUCGCGCCUUCCUUGGCGAAGGCGACCGAACAUCACCCAAGACGUCGACCGUCUACACCUACUUCUCCAUGUCCAAGACAGGUAAUUAUUCGGUCGAAUACCAGAAGAACAACUCUAACCUGCAUGUCUCGCCGGUGGAGCUCAUCGACAUCUCUGUCGCCGAGAGCGAGGCACGGGCGUACGGCGUCGUGGUGCCCGCCUGCAACAAGAACUCCACCUCCGGGUUCUCGAUGAUGGCGUUCACCAGCUUGCUGGCGAAAGGCAAGGGCCCGUUCCUCGUGUCGCUGGCGCGCAACGUCCUCGUCGGCGUCGGCCUGGAGAUCGUGGCCGUGGCGUACAGGUUCAACACCGCACCCAGGGGCGGAGAGGACGACUACCUCGUCUCCUGCACCUCGUCCAUCAAUGGAAACCUGCAGCUCGCGUCCAACGGGUCGUGCUCCGGGCACGGCUGCUGCCAGGCCUCCCUGCCGGAGGCGAUGCCGCUCACCGGCUUCUCGGUUUCGACGCACCCCACUUCCCUGAACAACACUAUGUGGAGGACCAGCCCGUGCACCUUCGGCAUGGUGGUGGAGCGCUCGUGGUACAACUUCUCCACGGCGGACCUGUACGGCAACACCACCAACAAGUUCCCCAGAGGCGUGCCCUUCGCGAUCAAUUUCGCCAUCACGAACGCUAGUUGCCCGGCGAGAGGCCAGCAGCCACCUCCCGACUACGCGUGCGCCAGCGGCAACAGCUCUUGCGCCGACGUGACCAAUGGCUACGUCUGCAAGUGCUUGGAGCACUACGAGGGCAACCCUUACAUCCAAAAUGGAUGCCAAGACAUCGACGAAUGCAAGCGCCCUGAUUUGUAUCCUUGCUCGAGUGAUGGGAUAUGCAAGAACAGGCUUUUAGGGUAUGACUGUCCAUGUAAACCCGGAAUGAAAGGCGACGGGAAAGAAGGAACAUGCCAACCCAUAUUCUCCCUGGCAGCAAAGAUGGCCGUAGGUGUAAUAGGUGGGUUCUUUGUUGUGGCGGCUCUCUUAUUCCUUAUUCUACUUCGCAAAGAAAGAAGGAAGAUGAGGGAGUUCUAUGAAAAGAACGGAGGGCCUAUAUUGGAGAAAGCAAAAAUUAUAAAGCUUUUCAAAAAGGAAGAGCUUAAGGAAAUUCUAAAGAGUAAAAAUUUAAUUGGGAAAGGUUACUUUGGUGAAGUUUACAAGGGCCUUCUAGAUAAUAAACUGGUUGCAGUAAAGAAGCCAAUCAGUGGUAGCAUGCUGGAGAAUGAACAGUUUGCAAAUGAAGUCAUCAUCCAAUCUCAAAUCAUUCAUAAGAACAUCGUUAGGCUAAUAGGUUGUUGCCUUGAAGUUGAUACCCCGAUGCUUGUUUAUGAGUUCAUCCCCAAAGGUAGCCUCGAAGAUAUUCUUCACAGCAACAAGGCAAUUCCCCUCAACAUUGAUGUCCGUUUGAUUAUUGCUGCACAGUCGGCGGACGGUCUAGCUUACAUGCACUCAAAAACAAGUAAUAAAAUCCUACAUGGUGAUGUUAAGCCAGCAAAUAUACUCUUGGAUGAAAACUUCAUGCCAAAGAUCUCAGACUUUGGCAUAUCUAGAUUGAUUGCAAGAGAUACACAACACACAGAUGAAGUCAUUGGUGAUAUGAGUUACAUGGAUCCGGUAUAUAUGCAAACAGGACUCCUAACAGAAAAAAGCGAUGUCUACAGUUUUGGAGUUAUGAUAUUGGAACUUAUUACUAGAAAAAAGGCAACAUAUUCUGACAAUAAUAGUUUGGUAAGGAAUUUUCUUGAAGUUCACAAAGAAGGGAAAAGGGUAACUGAGUUGUUUGAUAACGAAAUUGCACUGACAAGCAAUUUAGAGAUUCUCCAUAGUAUGGCAAGGAUCAUUAUGGAAUGUCUUAACCUCGAUGUAGAUCAAAGACCAUCAAUGAUAGAGGUAGCAGAGCGCCUUCUGCUACUAAACCAGACUUGUAAGUUGUAA